AACCAUUUGAUAAUAUUUUCUUCUAUUAUCUUUAUUUUAAUUAUAUAAACCACAAGAUCGUGGACACAUGAUUUUAUACUCGUGAUAUAUUCCCAUAUAUAAGCCCUAUGGAUUUGCUAAAUAAUUCACUAAAUCACACUGACCACAAAAUUUCAAUAAAUAACGAAGAUCAUAUAGUUGAAGAAACAGAAUCAUUAGAUUGUGACACUCAAGAAUGUAUCACAGAACUGACUCAAUCUGCAUUCAUAGAUCCAAAUAUUCAGUAUCAACUUCAUCAAGAAAAUACUAGAGAUGGUCAAAUAACAUAUAGAGUAGUUCCAAUUAGCACCAAUUUUUCCAAAGGAGGUUCACAUAAAUCAAAUUCAACUGGUCCUAUAAUAUCUGAUGUUAAUUUUUCAUCCCAACAAAAUCAAAAUAACUCACUCAUACAAUCUUCAAUUCAAAAUAAUCCAAAUUACAUGACGUUAUCUUCUUUAGAUGAUAUCAGGUCCAACUCCAAUCUAACAUUAUAUUCUUCUGAAAUCUUGUCUCACAAUUCACAAAUCAAUGACUUAAUUAAUUCCAAUGCCCUUUUUCCUAAUUCUAUGAAAGACAAAACAUCACUUUUGUCUACGAACAAUGGCGGCCAUUUACUACUUAUGAUGUCACCGGAACUGCUCCAAAAUCACAAGGUGAUGAACCCGCAUCAAUCGAUAGCCGCCGGAGUUAAGCAAGAGAUCAAGGGCUUCAAGGACGAGAAACGGAGGAGUUCUCAUAACGAAGUUGAGAGACGUAGGAGAGACAAAAUUAAUACCUGGAUAUUAAAACUUUCUAAGAUUGUCCCAGAAUGUGGCAGCGAUCAAACUAAACAAGGGCAGGUUAUAAGUAAAGGUGGCAUUCUCGCAAAAACCGUAGAGUAUAUUCAUGACCUCAAGCGAAUAAACGAAAAUCUAUUUACAGCCUUAAAAGAUUGUGAACGAAUGAGUCAAGAACUUGACAGGCUAAAAGUUAAUGCCUCAAAAACUGGUAUUCGACCCGAAACAAAUAUGCGGACAGAUAAUCGGUCUGAAAUUGCAGGACGGGACGAAAAACUUCGAUCACUCACCCAAGAAAAUGCCGUUCUUAGAGCCUUUAUCAAGCAACAUUUCCCUAAUGUCGAGAUAAGAAUAGCCAGAAUAUCAGAAAAUGACAAUAUAGAAAGUGUCGAAAAUAUUGGAAGCAUCCAAGCCGUCGAGAAUUUACAAAAUUUACCGAAUAAUAUAGUAAAUCAAAAUGCCGAGUCGAACAAUUGCGAGGAGAGCAAUUUAAUAGGAAUGAAUGAAGGAGAGAGUUUACCAUCGCUCGGAUUUGAAAAUGCAGGAGGAAAUAUCAAUAUAGUUAAAGGUAGCCUUUGAGACGCUUAAAUAAAAAUGUUCGAGAUUUGAUAGCUAAUAAUAAAAAAAAUCAUCGAAUACUUCGAUUUUAUAUUGCAAUAAAAUGAUAUGGCAUCCAUUAUCCUACAUCAAAAAUCUUUCCUACAUAAUAAUUCAUUUAUAGGUUGCUAAGGUUCUAUUUGUAUGGUCAUUUUUUUUUGUGAAACAAAAUUUGAUAAAUAAAAUACGUUUAUUGUAAUUUAGGAAUAUUUUUAUUACAGAAUAUUUAUACAUUGAUUUUAGUGUCUUUGAAUAUUUCUAAUUAUUAAUUCGUUUAUAAUAUUUAUACUAUUUAUUUCGGAAAUUUUAUUAUAAUAUAUAUCUCGAAUUUAUAGCCAACUUUCAUAUGUUGUCAUUAUUCUAAAG